AUGUUAAAAAUAUGUGCAUUGUGCAAUGUGCAAUCCGAAAACAUACUCUUGGGCAGACACGAACGAGGCGGACAUUAUGCAGUCUAUAAAUAUAAACUAGUGAUAUUCAACAGCAAGAACGACGUCAGCAGGAAGCACUUCGUAAGCCACAAUCGACCCAUUUUGCUGCACUCUACAGUGUCGUGUCUCUGGAAUGGUUCAUUUAACGUUACAAAAUACAUUAAAUACUGA